UUCCUCCCUCCCCACCACACUAUCACUAAUUGCAACAGUUCAGUUUUGCUGUUAUCCAUGAGACACAAAUCUUGUCUUGUCCAUCGCUGUUAACCAAAGCUGUUUCGCAAAGGAUAACCCGGAAAAAAAUACCACAACAACGAUUUUAAACAGAAUCCGAAGGAUUAACAAACAUCCAAAAUGGCUGAAAUGAACGGUGAGGCACCGCCACCGAAGUCUGAGUUGGAGGAGAUCCAGCAGAAAUGUCAUCAGAGUACCGAUGACUCGCUGGAGUCAACUCGAAGGAUGUUGACUAUGUGUGAAGAGAGUAAAGAAGCUGGUAUUCGAACCCUUGUCAUGCUCGACGAACAGGGAGAGCAAUUGGAUCGUAUUGAGGAAGGUCUUGAUCAGAUCAACCAGGACAUGCGAGAUGCUGAGAAAAAUCUCGAAGGGAUGGAGAAAUGCUGUGGUCUAUGCGUGCUGCCUUGGAAAAAGGGCAAGUCGUUUGAAAAGAGUGGGGAUUAUGCAAACACCUGGAAAAAGGACGACGACGGCCCUACCAACACGAAUGGUCCAAGAAUGGUGGUUGGUGAUCAAAACGGCAUGGGUGGACCGAGCUCUGGCUACGUGACUCGCAUCACCGGUGAUGCGAGAGAAGAGGAGAUGGAGACUAACAUCAAAGAGGUCAGUGGCAUGAUCGGGAACUUGAGGAACAUGGCCAUCGACAUGGGUAACGAGAUUGGAGGUCAAAACAGGCAGGUGGAUCGAAUCCAGCAGAAGGCCGAGUCGAACGAAACUCGUAUCGACGAGGCCAACAAGAGGGCAACCAAACUUCUCAAAGAUGCGUAAAGCUGUGGAGGAGGCGACGAAGAAA